AUGAGCAACCACAAUCACAACACAAUUACAACUGAUAGUUAUGCUAUCGUUGGUCUCUCGUGUCGUCUUCCUGGUGCCAAAGACAAGCACGAAUUUUGGAGGCUCUUAACUGAAGCCUCAGAACACAUGACAGAUACACCUGAAUGGAGAUGGUCAGCGAAGAAUUAUGAGUCCAGUGACGCUUCCAAUGUACCUGGCUUAAUGUCAUCCUCACGUGGAGGUUAUAUUCCAGAAGAUCAAAUCAAAGGCUUUGAUUGUAACGUAUUGGGCGUAAGCCAAAAAGAAGUUGAAGUCAUGGAUCCACAACAACGUUUGCUUUUAGAAUUGACAUGGGAAUGUUUGGAAGAUGCUGGAAUUAGACCAAAGAAAGACUCCACCAAUUCUAACUUAUUCGAUGAGACCGGUGUAUUCAUAGCUGUCCAUCAAGCUUGUCAAAGUUUGAAGAACAAUGAGUGUGAAAUGGCUAUUGCAGGUGGUGUCAGUUUGAUUUUAUCACCUGCUCCAUAUGUUGAAUUUAGUAAGGUUGGAGUUCUUUCCAAAGACGGAAAGUGUAAACCUUUCGAUGAGAGUGCUAACGGAUUUGUCAGAGGUGAAGGAGCUGGCUUGGUUGUAUUAAAGCCUCUUAAGAAAGCUAUUGAGAGUGGAGACUACAUUUAUGGAGUCAUUCGUGGAUCCAGUGUGAAUGUCGACGGUGCUGCUGAAGACAGCUUGAUCACUCCAUCCUCCAUUACUCAAUCCUUGAACAUGAAAAAAGCAUACGAGCGAUUACCAAGUGAAACUGCACAAUUCUUGUCUCCUUUCGAUGUUGACUAUGUCGAAUGCCACGGUACAGGUACUGCAAAAGGAGACGUUGUGGAAACUGUUGCUAUUGGAGAUGUCUUUUCAGGUGAACAAAGAAGCAAACCACUCUAUGUGGGAAGUGUGAAGGGUAACAUUGGUCACUUGGAAUGUGCUUCUGGUGUUGCUGGUCUUAUUAAGGCCGUACUCAUGAUGGAAAAACGAUUACUCUGCCCAACCAUCAAUGUGAAAAAAUUGAAUCCAAAAAUUCCUUUAGAAAAAUAUAACAUGAGAGUUGUGACAGAACCAGUUCCGUUAGUCAAGAAGAGUGGAUCGAAGCCACUACUUUUCGGUGUCAACUCGAUGGGUAUUGGUGGUGUGAAUGCUCACGUCAUUUUGCAAGAAUAUGAAAAGGAACAAGUUGAGCGAACUGCCACUACAACCACAACAACAGAAAAACAACUUUUAAUGCUGUCAGCACAAACCAUUCCUUCACUACAACGAUUUGCUCAAGAAUUGACAAGCAAGGAGUCACUCUACGAUGAACAAUCACGCCUCAAUGUUUGUACAGUUCAGAACCAAUUCAGGGCUCAUCACAAACUCCGAACAUGCCUCGUCACAUCAAGCGUUGAUGAUUGCUUGAAGCAAUUGAAGACAUUAGCAACUGAAACUCCAGAUGCUUUAAAGCAAAAAGGACUCGUCACCAACACCAACCGAAGUGACAAGGGUUUGGUAUUUGUGUUCCCUGGUCAAGGUCCUCAAACCAAAUCCAUGGGUAUCAUGCUCUACAACAAGUACGAAGAAUUUAGAAAGGUUCUCGAUGAGUGUGACGCCUUAUUCUCCAAACUUUCUGGAUGGUCAUUGGUUGGAAAAUGGAUCAAGGAGAAGAGUCUCUCUGAUGACGACAUGGAUCAUCCAAAGUAUGCUCAACCAGCCAUCUUCUUCCUCCAAGCAGGUCUCUAUGCCUUGUUGCGAUUGUGGGACAUUCAACCCUCCGUGGUGAUUGGUCACUCUGCUGGUGAGGUUGGAAGCGCAUACGCUGCUGGAGUCUACACUUUGGAAGAGGCCAUCACUAUUCUUUACUGGAGAAGCACAUUGCAAGAAAAGACAUGUGGAAGCGGUAACAUGUUGGCUGUUGGAGUUUCUCCAGCUGAAUGUGAAAAGUUUUUGGAUGAAUAUUUGGAAAAUCCAACCGAUCGAAGUGCCGUUGUUGUAGCUGCUAUUAACGGUCCAGCCUCGUGCACACUCGCAGGAUCUCCUGAUCUCAUUAACAAGCUAGAAAAGGAUAUCUCCAAAGGAAAGGGUGUAUUCUGUAGAAAAUUGAGAGGAUAUUGUGCCUUCCACUCUCAAUAUCAAGAACCUAUUAAGGAAGAAAUGUUCAAUGCAUUGAAAGGAUUUACUCCAAAGACUGUUGGAAAACCAACUCUUUUCCCACUCUUUUCCACUGUGACUGGUAAAUUGUAUGACACAACUGUUGAAACUAUGGAUGUUAGUUAUUUGUGGGGCAACGUCAGACAAGCAGUGUUAUUUAGUGAGCCAAUUACUGAACUUCUCAGACAAGGAUACAAGGGCUUUGUUGAAAUCAGUCCUCACCCAGUCUUGGCUGCAUCCAUCAAAGAGUGUGCUCAAGAACUUGGGCUUGAAGAUAUCAAGUGCUUUUUAACAUUGAAGAGAGGUGUCGACGAACAAGAUACCAUGCUUGGAUGUGUCAAAGAUUUGUUCCUCAAUGGAUUUGUUCACAACGCUACAUUCACUAAAAAUAUGAAAUGGAAUGACUUGUUUGGUAAGGUCAAAGUUCCACACUAUCCUUGGGAUCGAUCACAACUCAUUUGGAAUCAAACGGAAGAACAAGCAGCUGAGUGGAGGCGAGGAUACCCAACUACUUUGGUUGGUCACAAGUCGUUGAGAACAGGUGUGUCUUAUGUGUUGAUGUCUUUGCAUGCAGCAGUUGCUCAAAUUAGAUCCAAUGAAAAAGAUUCUGAACAGAAAGAACUUGCAAAGCAAUUCAUCUUGCAACACUGUGAUUUCAAAGAUGCCCUCUCUCUUUCUCAAACCACAAAUGGUGGAUUCAUUGUUGAGACAGAUGUCACUCCUUUGAAUCAAGCCACUCAAAACAGUCAAAUGAUUGAAAUUAGAAGCAAGAGAGGUUUGGAGGAGUGGAGCAAUCAUUACAAGUGCUACUUGAGAAUUUUACCCCAACUAACCUCAAGUCGCAUCCUGAUUUGA